AAAAGAGCAUGCGCAGGAAGAAGGAGCAACAGCCACAGUGAAAAACAACAACAAGGACCAGCAGAGGAACCCAGAGCUGCAUCCAGCUAGCCUACACAGCUAACUGCAUCUUCUCAACUGUCCGUAAUCUACCCCUGUUGCCGCUAUUUCUGCCACGGCUUUACAUGUAGAUGGUGCCGAGUCCAUGAACUUGGCCAGUCAGAGCGGGGAAGCUGGCUGUAGCCAGCUUCUCUUCGCUAACUUCAACCAGGACAACACGUCCCUGGCUGUUGGCACCAAAUCAGGCUACAAGUUUUUCUCCCUGUCGUCUGUGGACAAGUUGGAGCAGAUAUAUGAAUGUAUGGACACAGAGGAUGUGUGCAUCGUGGAGCGCCUGUUCUCCAGCAGCCUGGUGGCCAUCGUCAGCCUGAAGGCUCCCAGGAAGCUCAAGGUCUGCCACUUCAAGAAGGGAACAGAGAUCUGCAACUACAGCUACUCCAACACCAUCCUGGCAGUCAAACUCAACAGACAGAGGCUGAUAGUGUGUUUGGAGGAGUCUCUGUACAUCCACAACAUCCGAGACAUGAAGGUCCUGCACACUAUCAGAGAGACACCACCCAACCCCUCAGGUCUGUGUGCUCUGUCUAUCAGUAAUGAUAACUGUUACUUGGCAUACCCAGGCAGUGCUACAAUAGGAGAGGUCCAAGUGUUUGACACUGUGAAUCUGAGAGCGGCCAACAUGAUCCCUGCCCAUGACAGUCCUUUAGCAGCGCUAGCAUUUGAUGCUAGUGGAACCAAACUGGCUACAGCCUCAGAGAAGGGCACAGUCAUCCGGGUGUUCUCCAGCCCAGAGGGACAGAAGUUGUUUGAGUUUCGUCGAGGAGUCAAGAGGUGUGUGAGUAUCUGCUCGCUGGCAUUCAGCAUGGAGGGCCUGUACCUGUCAGCUUCCAGCAACACAGAGACGGUCCACAUCUUCAAACUGGAGACGCAGAAGGAGAACAGGCCGGCGGAGGAGCCCACCACAUGGGGAGGGUACCUGGGGAAGGUACUGAUGGCGUCCACCACCUACCUGCCCACCCAGGUCACGGAGAUGUUCACCCAGGGACGAGCCUUCGCCACCGUCAGACUUCCCUUCUCUGGACACAAGAACAUCUGUGCCCUGGCAGUGAUCCAGAAGGUUCCACGGCUGCUGGUGGCAGCUGCUGAUGGAUACCUGUACCUUUACAACCUGGACCCUCAGGAGGGAGGGGAGUGCACACUCAUGAAACAGCACAGACUAGACGGCAGCACUGAGGCACCCAAUGAGAUCCUGGAGCAGGGGUCACAUGACCGCCCGCUAGUGGCUCAGACCUACAGCAACGCUGUAACUAAAGGUUACUGUGAGGAGCAGGGAGCAGUGGGAGGGGCGGGGCUAGAUGACGACCUCAACGACCUGCGAUUGGAGGAGGAGAACGAGCAGCCGCCACUAAUCCUGGAGACCGACUGAUGGACGGCCUCAGCAUCCAAUCAGAGGGCUCCUCUGGUGCUGCUAUAAACAUGUGACACAAAGGGGGUGGGGGUUUAAAGAUGGGGGCAUUCUAGAGUCUGUCUGUCUGUCUGUGCGUAUACACGUCUCUCUCUCCACCCCCCUCUCUCCCUGCUCUCCCGCUCACCCCCCUCCCACCCCUCUGCAGGUGUGUCUGUAGCUUUGCAUGUCCAUGUGCCAACAGUAGACCGCUAGAACACAUGCCCCAUGAAAACGCUCUGCAGCGUGUGUGUGUGUGUGUGUGUGUGUUUGAAUUGGACCUCAUGUCGGAAGCACAGUGCUGUGUUCACUUAACACUUAAAGACACACACACACUAACACACGUGCAAACAUGCGACACACACUCUGUUUCAUGAAAGUGAUGUAAGUGCCUCUCUGCUCUCUGCUCAUCGUCUCUGCUCAUCGUCAUAGUUACAUCCCCUCCUGCCCCUCAUGGCUUCAAUAAAGCAGUUUGUGUUUUUUCAGAUGUUUGUUUUAAUACAUUGUGUGUCCUUGGUAGUGUUGCCUAAAUGUUACACACACACACCCUGUCCUUCAUGUGAGGUGUGUGUCAGCUGAAGUCACUGUGUCUGGGCUUGUACAUUAGCAACGUUCACAUGCGCUUACUCCUUGCUCCUUUAACCCAAUCAGAUCGAGGCUCAGUGGGUUUGCCCCAUUCCCUCUAAGCCCUGCAGUCAUUGGUUGAUUUAACUCUGAUAUUACUGAUUUUAAUCUACUUAACCAACCCACUUGGCAUGUCAUGCGUGAGUAAAAUGCAAGGUGUUCCAAUGUGGUACUUAGCUCAAACACCAGUCCAGGAUGGGAGUCAGAGAGCUGGGCAGGUUUCUGCUGCAGAGCUGGGAAGUUCUCCCACAUCAUUCUCUAUUUCUGGUCUACUAGAUGUGACAAGAUAACGUAUCACUGAGGGUCUUGUCAGGACAUGCCUGACUGUGAUUUCAACCUUUUUAGAAACUCUGGGUUGGUGUGAUUUGGCCUGUUCCUGUGGGUGGACAGUUUACCCAGGGUUAGAGCUUGGUUGGCCGCUCAGGUAGGGGCACUGGAGAACCAGCCCAGAUGCAUGAUCAUUACCCAUGAUCGUGUGGGAGGAGCAGUGGAUGGAGGAGGAGCUGGGCUGUCAGAUGUUUUCUAAUGAUUUUGUAUAAAAUGUGAAACGUUCAUCUGAAACUAAAUGAAAAUAAAAUCCAUGUUGAUAUAUGAUAA